AUGUCUAAUAAGAUGAUGUUACAGGAGAUUGACAUCCCCGUGAAGGACACCCUUGGAGACAUUGUCCAGGUGAAACUUGAAAACAGCAGUUCUGAAUGGUAUUGUAGACACAUCGAAGUGAAAACUCCCUCUGGAAAGUGCAUUAUGUUCCCCUGUUAUCGCUGGAUAGACAGAAAUGAAGUGAUUAUCAGAGAGGGCAGUGCUCGACUGCCUCAGGAUGACACACUGUUUGAAAAGCAAAGACAAAAAGAAUUGGAAUCUAGAAGGGAAAUAUUCAGUUGGACCCAGAACCACCCAGGCUUCCCUCAGUCCAUGAGUGGCAAACUUAAAGAUCUUCCUUUGGAAGUUCAGUUUGAUAAAGGGAAAGAAUUAGACUUCAAUGGGAAUUUCCUUAAAGUGCUUGUGGAAGCAGGAUUGGACAAACUCUUAAGUUGCUUUCAGUCCUGGAAAGACAUACAUGAUUUUGAAAAGAUAUUUAGAGUAAUCUACGUAAAGGACACUGCACUAGUGAAUGUAAUCCAAGACUGGAAUACGGAUUACAUGUUUGGCUAUCAGUUCUUGAAUGGCUGCAAUCCUGUGAUGAUCAGGAAAUGCACAGAACUUCCAGACAAAUUUCCAGUCACACAUGAGAUGGUGAAGGGCUCUCUGCAGAGAGGUCUCACACUACAAGAGGAAAUAGAGGAAGGAAACGUAUACAUUGUGGAUUAUGAAAUCUUGGAUGGCUUGCCAGCUAAUAAAACCCCAGAUACCCAAUACUAUUUGACUGCACCCAUCUGCUUACUGUACAACAACAAACUGAACCAAAUUGUGCCAAUUGCCAUUCAGCUCAGUCAAACACCAGGGGAAACGAGCCCAAUAUUUCUCCCAACUGAUAAUGAAUACGAUUGGAUGCUUGCCAAGAUGUGGGUGAAAUCUUCUGACUUCAAUGUACACCAGAUGGUCACACACCUUCUCAAGACUCAUCUGAUAUCAGAGGUUUUUGAAGUGGCCAUGUACAGACAGCUCUCUUCAGUCCACCCUGUAUUCAAGUUACUGAUACCUCAUGUCCGUUUCACUAUUGGAAUCAAUGCAGAGGCCCGUGAAUUUCUCAUCAGUGAAAAUGGGGUCGUUAGCAAGACUAAUAGCAUAACUGGAGAUGGGAUUAAUCAAUUGCUGGGAAGAGCCAUGAAGACUCUAUCCCUUAAAUCCCUGUGUUUCCCUGACACAAUAAAAGCUCGAGAAAUGGAAAAGGCACCCAAGUACUAUUAUAGAGACGAUGGCAUGUUGAUCUGGGAGGCAAUAAACAGUUUUGUUUCUGAUGUGAUCAAGAUCUACUAUGACAGCAAUGAGAAAGUUCAAAAAGAUGUGGAGAUUCAAGAAUUUGUUAAGGACGUUUCUUAUGGCAUGCUUGAUUCUGGGGAGUUUCCACAGUCUCUGAAUACUCGAGCGGAGCUAACCGAAUACCUGACUGCUGUCAUAUUCAACGCUUCAGCACAGCAUGCUGCUGUCAACUUUGGACAGUUUGACUGGUAUGCCUGGAUCCCCAACAGUCCUUCCUGCAUGCGCAAGCCGCCUCCUGAACAGAAGGACGAAGCCGAUCUGAAAUAUAUCAUGGAGACUUUGCCUGACCGUAGUUGUUCCAGUGUGGUUUUAGGAACAGUUUGGACCCUCAGUCGGUUCCAGAAAAAUGAGCGGUACUUGGGCAUGUAUCCAGAUAUGCUGUUCACGGAGCCAGCAGUGAAGGAAGCCAUUAAGAAAUUCGGCAAGAAACUAGAAAAUGUGACUGACAGCAUUGAGCGCUGGAAUAAAGCAUUAUCAAUGGGUUAUUGUUAUCUGUCCCCAAACAAAAUCCCCAACAGUGUUGCAAUUUAAGAAAUAC